CUGAUCCAUAACCUCGCUCUCUAACAGCGACAAGGCGGCAUGACGGAACACGCGCCCUCCCUCGCACCUUUGCAGCCUCGGUGUUACUUAGUCACCGUUCAGGCUCUGCUUACGCCGCGUAGCUUACAGUACACAGCGCCAUACGCAAUGGUUACUCAUCGCGCCUGGGUGGUGUGCCGCGUCGCCGCGCAGCCGCAUAUCCGCGCCGAGAUAUAAAGAUAAUGCAUACGGCACAGGCAUGCAUGCACCGUACCACAAGACCACCAACAUUAUGACCGUCACGCUCAUCGCCACCUUCCGCGUCGUGGACGAAGCGGCCGCCUCGCGCGUCCAGGAGCUCCUCUCCAAGGUCCGCGACGUCGCGCUUAGCCCCGCAGAGCCCGGCACGCAGGUCUACAACCCCGCUCGCAAGACGACUGACGGCCUCGACUUUGUCGUGUAUGAGGAGUAUGCCGACAAGGCGGCCGUCGACGCACACCUCUCGUCGGACGAGUUCAAGGCGCUCAUCGGCGAGUCGGAGACGCUGCUCGUCGGCGGCAGGGCGGGGCUUAAUGUGAACUACUAUGCCAAGUUCUAGACUUGACUUGGAGGUGUAGGACAUAUGCAUCGGUG